AUGGUGAGAAGUAACAGAACUGUGUCAGUGACAGAGUUUCUCUUCUCUGGAUUUCCCCAGUUUGAAGAUGGCAGCCUCCUCCUCUUCAUCCCUUUGUUCAUCAUUUAUAUAUUCAUUGUUACUGGGAAUCUCAUUGUGUUUUUCGCAGUCAGGAUGGACACUCAUCUUCACAACCCCAUGUAUAAUUUCAUCAGCAUUUUCUCAUUUCUGGAAAUCUGGUAUACCACUGCAACGAUUCCCAAAAUGCUCUCCAACCUCAUCAGUGAGAAAAAGACCAUUUCUAUGAUUGGGUGCCUGCUGCAAAUGUACUUUUUCCAUUCGCUGGGAAAUUCAGAGGGCAUUUUGCUGACCACCAUGGCCAUUGAUAGGUACAUUGCUAUCUGUAAUCCUCUCCGCUACCCAAUCAUCAUGACCCCGAGGCUCUGUGCUCAGCUGUCUGCAGGCUCCUGCGUCUUUGGUUUUCUUGUACUACUCCCAGAGAUUGCAUGGAUUUCCACACUGCCUUUCUGUGGCCCCAACCAAAUCCAUCAGCUCUUCUGUGACUUUGAACCUGUGUUGAGCUUGGCCUGUACAGACACAUCCAUGAUUCUGGUUGAGGACGUGAUCCAUGCUGUGGCCAUCAUCUUUUCUGUCUUGGUUAUUGGCAUAAGUUACAUCAGAAUCAUCAUUGUGAUCUUGAGAAUUCCAUCUGGGGAAGGACGUCGGAAGGCUUUCUCUACCUGUGCUGCCCAUCUUGGUGUCUUUCUAAUGUUUUACAGCAGCGUGUCCCUCAUGUACCUGCGUUUUUCAGCUCCUUUCCCACCAGUCUUGGACACAACCAUUGCACUGAUGUUUGCAGUUCUUGCUCCCUUUUUCAACCCAAUCAUCUAUAGUCUGAGAAAUAAGGACAUGAAGAUUGCAAUUAAAAAACUUCUCUAUUCUCAGAAGAUGCUUAAUACAUCUGCAAGUUAA